AAAAAUAUAAGGUUUUUAACUUAAAUUGGUGAUUAUAGAUAUUCAAAUGUUAUUAUUUUUUUAUUUAUUUUGUGAAUUUUAAUUUGUGAAUGAAAAAUGUGUUUUCUCGCAGCGACUUGUGAAUUAUAUUUUGAUGUUUGUAUCAAAUAAGUGUUUGAAUAAUAAUAUGCAGUCUUAAAAUUUGCUAAAACUGAAUAUCGUAUUUGGUCACUAUAAUGGACACCGAAUGGAUAUGUACUCAGGCUAUAGCCUUUGAUGAUCAGUCAACGAAUGACGUUGUAACAGUAAAAAAUUUUGGAUGCAUUAUUCUUAAUGAUAAAGCAGAUGAUGAGAAAUACAUUUUACACGAAGGGGAUAAUACAAUUGGAAGACAUCCCUUGAACAGUAUAUACGUGGAACAUCCUUCUGUAUCAAUGUAUCAUGCGGUUAUCCAAUGUGAUUCUGACGGCAUUGUGUUAUUAGACAAAGGUAGCUUAAACAAGACUAAACUCAAUAAGAAAACCCUCAGGAAAGAUGUUGCUUAUUUUCUCGAUGAAGACUCUUCAUUAUCAUUCGGAGAAGUCCAAGCAAAUUAUUAUGUAGAUGUAGAAAACAGUAAUAUCAAUAGCAAAAGAUUUAAAAAUGAAUGUGGGUCCAAAGAUUGCAUAACUGAAAAUACCAAUUUGUCAGUAUGUAAAACUCCGAACACUGCUACACAACUUACAAAACCGAUCGGGGAUGACAAGAACUAUGAAUUUACUAAUUGUCAACAACAGUCUUUACCAAACUGUGAAGGUGGUAUUCUAUCUAAAGCUGUUCUACAUAAUUCUGGAACUUCUACAAUAAUUGAAAAGUCUAAUCUUCGAAAUGUGCUGUCAAAUACUAAUCCUUCAAGUCCUAGCGAUGAACUUUUGUUAAAUGCUCUUAGUCAAGUAGAAACAAAUGAAUGUGAAACUUUUGAUCGAGAAGAUACUCCGAGUCCUGUAUUAGACCUUAGGGAUCAACUUUGCGAUACAUCUUCAUUGCCAGCUUUUAAUACAACCAACUGUACUGAAGAAGAACUAAUAACAGCCUUAAAUAACCAAAAUGAUCGCUCCAAGUUUGAUAUGCCUGAUAAAAUUUCACGUGAAGACACUCCUAGCCCCGUUAUUGAUUUAGGAUUAGUUGAAAAUUCUGAAAGCGAAUUGAGUACACAAUAUAAUGAUAAUAAAAAAAAUACUACAAAUUUGGGUUGUGAAGAAACCCAACUUUUUGAAUUGGAAAAUGAUAUUUUUGACUGUCCGACUCAGAUGGAAACGACUGUUGAAAGUAUAAGGAAUGAACAAAAGAUAAGUACUGGUUUACAAGUUACAAAACAAAUAGAUUGUUCAACGAUUGAAUCAACAUCUAAUUUGCAUUCUGAUGAAACUCAAAUUCCAAAUAUAAAUGAUUGUUCUCCACAUAAAAAUAUUGAAUCUAUUGAACAAAGGGAAUUUUCUGAACAAAAUGUCUCUAACAUACAAGACGAGGAAACUCAAAUUGUUCAUUUUGAUAAUGAUGGUUUAUUUGAUUGUUCACAAAAAAAAGUAAUUAAAUCCACAUUCACAAAUUCAUCACAAAAUAAACAUAAUGAAAAAGAAAAUGAGAAUAUAAUAAAAUCCGAUAUUGCUGUGAAACCAAACACGAGCAGCUUUCAUGAAAUAGAAACCCAAAUUGUGUCACUAGACAAUGAUUUCUUUGACUGUCAUACACAAAAAGUUAUUUCUACAAAAGAUUCAACUGCAAAUACAAGUAAAACCAGCGUAAAAGAUACGAAGACAACAAAUAAAUCAAAUAACUUGAAUACAUUGAACACUAGUAUGUUUAGUGAAAUGGAUACUCAGUUGGCUGAAUUGGAUGAUGAUUUCUUUGACUGUCCCACGCAAAAAAUUAUCUCAACAAAGUUAGCAAGUUCUGACAAAGAAAGUUCUAAACCAUUAAAUACUACAAGUUUAAUUAAAUCAAGACCAUCUGCGUUGAACGAAAUGGAUACACAAAUAAGUGAAUUCAAUAGUCCAUUUGUUGACAGCAAAUCACAAAAUGCAAUAAAUUCAAAACAACCAGAAUUCGGUCUAGUUUUGCAAUCUAAUAAGUCGAUAAACAAAGAAAAUAAAACAGGCAAUGAUAAUUUUUUUGAUUGCCCUACUCAAAAAUUAUUUAUUCCUUCCGCUAAUAAUAUUGACACCAUGCCGUGUACUUCAGUGCAAACCAGGGAUUUAGCAAAGGGUGUGGGAUUCAAAAGCGAAUUAAACUUGCACGAAGCAGAUACUCAAAAUGUAGAAAUAAUCAAUGAUUAUGAAACAAAAAACAAUUGUAAUAAAUAUGUCAAUACUUUUGAAGCUGAUGACGAUGACAUUUUCAAUUGUUUGACUCAAAAAGUUGUUAAACCUUCCAAUGAUGAAAAUGUUUGUGUUAAGAAAUUUAACCCAAACAAUAUUUCAGUUACUCAAUCCACCUUAAGUGAACAUUGCAAUAAGUCUGAAGUCAUAGAACUAGAAAAUGAUGAUUUUUUUAACUGUCCUACACAGAAAAUUUCCCAUUUUAAAGUUGGUAGUGUAAAAGCUGAAUCCACGGCUCAGAAUAAUACAAAUAGUAAUAAUUAUUUUGAAGCAGACGACGAUGAUAUUUUUAGUGGACUAAAUUAUAAGGCUUCUACUUCGAAACAAAUUUAUGAAAAUAGAACUCGCAAUGAUGUUUUUAAAUGUCUGUCUCAAAAAUUUGCAUUGAAAAAAAGUGUGGAUAUUCAUGAUGCGGAAACUCAAGCAAUUUCAUUUGAAGUAAAAUCACAAACACCAAUUGCAGCGACUUCUAAACAUUGCUCUUUAGCCGAUAAGGAUAUAAAUCAGACUAUUGAAAUGGAUGACGAUGAUGAUUUUUUCAAUUGUCCAACACAGAAAUUACCCUCUACUAAAAAUACAAAUCUAUCACAUGGUAUGAAUUUGGAACACAGUUCAGACAUUUCUGUAACUAAAAAAUCAAACACAGACACAAUUUCGAUUACUAAUAAAAAAAAACAGUCAUUUGAAUCGAAUGAUGAUGAUUUUUUCAAUUGCCAUACUCAGAAAGUGACCUGUUCCAAAACAGCCAUUAGUAUGUCAUCCAAUAUUCACUUAGCGGAAACACAAUCAAAUUAUUUUCACCCAAUAAAGCCUGUAAAAUCGAGUGCUGUAACUUUCAAUCAGAAUAUUAUUGUUCAUAAUAUAAGUGGUAUUAAUUCUACUGCAUUAGACGACGAAGAUAUGUUCAAUUGCCCAACACAAAAAAUAUCGACUUCAGUAAGUACAAACAGUUUGAAGAAUGUUUCCGCAGGAAUACAUGAAGAAACGCAAGUUGUUUCAGAGUCUGAUCAAGUAAAUGCUACGUCUUUUAGUCCAAGAAAAUUAAUAAAUGAAGAAGAAACUCAAGUAACAAAUAUGUGUGAAAACGAUUUUUUUGAUUGUCCAACACAAAAAUGUUUAUCAAACAUAGAAAAUAAGUUUGAUAGAAUUCCUAAUAAACCUAAAAACAAUUUAGUGGAUACACAAGAAGAAACACAGCUUUUGACUGAAGAUGAUGAUAUUUUCAAUUGUCCUACACAAAAGAUAUCUCCGAUUUGUAAGAAUAAAUCUUUGCCGACUAAUAUGAGUAAAAUACAUGAAGCCGAAACACAACAAAUAUCGAGUUUAGACAAAUUGGAUAGUAUUUCAAAGCCGAAAUCUAAUUCUUUUGGGGAUCAAAUUAGUGAUGAAGAUGAUGACUUUUUUGUUUGUCCUACUCAAAAAAUAACGUCAAAGAAUAGGCUUGAGCCAACACCAAGUAGUUUAAUAUGCAAAAAAAGUAACAUACACGAACUUGAAACACAAAUAGCAAGUCCAAUCAAAUUGCAUAAGUUUUCAAAGCCAAGAACUUGUAAUUUUAAUAACAAAGGAAAUGAUGAAGACGAUGAUUUUUUCAACUGUGCUACACAAAAGUUAUCUUUAAAUUGUAAAGUUAAACCAACAACAAGCAGUACGACAAAUGAUAAUACAAAUAAAAUAGACGUCCAUGAAAGCGAAACUCGAUUAUCAAUGAGUCCAUUAAAAUCAGAUAAUUGUACGAAUAUUAAUACUAGCAGAGAUCAAAUUAGUGACGAGGAUGAUAAUUUUUUCAACUGUCCUACCCAAAAGAUAUCUUUGAAUUUCCAAGUUAAGCCAACAACAAUCAAUAUAACUAAAGAAAUUACGAAAACAGUAGACAUGCAUAAUGCCGAAACCCAACAGCUAUCAAGUCCAACUAAAUUGGAUAAUUUUUCAAAGCCACAGAAUGAAGAUGAUGAUGUCUUUAACUGUCCAACUCAAAAAAUUAUCUUCAAAGAUAACAAAACGACUGUUGUAGAUUCAAAAAACAUUAAUGAAGACGAAACUCAAUGUUUUGAUUUUGACAAUGACAAUUUUACUUCCAAUAAUUUAGUAAACACAGUCAAUAUACUUAAAACUUCUAAAACAAGUACACAAACUGGCUGUUCAAACGUGAAUAAAAAUUAUGAUUUGCCAACAUUAAAACGCAAUGUAUCCUCUAUUGGAGUUAUUCAGAAAGACAGAAUUGCCAAAAGUGAAAAGUGCAGUUUAACAGGCGGUUCUAAAACAAGUAGUGUACCGCUAAUUCGCAUUCGAAAUGAUCUACACGCUCCUGGUGAGCGCAAUAAAAUAUUAAAGUUGAGCAAUAAACCAAAUAAAACGGUACAAAAUGUUAGUUGUACAAGUGAUGACAUUAAAUUGGGAACUGAAAACAGCAAUUCUCCGAGACGCUCAAAAAGAAGUAUUAAAGGAAAAUUAAAUCAUCAUGGUUCGAUUGAGACUACUUCGAUUAUUAAACAAGAGCCUAUCGAUUUCGAUUUGGGUGAGUCAAGAGUAUCUAAUACUUCUAAAACUACACCUCUCUUAAAGCAAAUGGACGAAAGCAUUUACAGCCCUUUUAACAUAGUCAAUGCUUGUAAUACUAUUGUGGACUCUACAAUGAAAUCCAAGAUUGUUAACAAUGUUAGCUUACCAAAUAGUGAAUUAUCGACUCCCAAUGAUGCAGAGAAAUGGCAAUCGUUUUGGAAUAAGAAAAAAUCGAAAAGUCAGGAAAGCCAAAGCAGUGGGGUCGGACAGUCUACUUCCAAGGUUAUCAAUAAUGACGUAGUGGUUGUUAGGAAACAACGAUAUCAAACCAGAGCAGUAACAAAAAAAGAAAAUGGCUGUGAAGAUGUCAAUCGAAAACGGAAACUGGACCUUCCUAGCGAAGAUAGCAAUAAAAGAAUAUGCAAUAUUGAAAAGCAAUGUCAAAUAAGAAUAUUAGACAAAAAACCUGAACAUUUUAUUGUCACAUUUAGCCAUUUAAAAAGUCGUCACCUACAAUCAAUGAAAGAAUUUGUGGAAAAAACAGGUGGUUUUGUAACGGACGAAAUUACCCAAUGCACAAUAUUGGUGACCGAUAAAAUACGUUGCACUAUGAAAAUACUAUCAGCGAUUGCAAGAGGUUGUCCUAUAGUCACAACUAGUUGGAUUAAACAUUCCUAUGCUGUCAAAGUAUUUCAAGAUGUGGACGAUUUCAUAAUCAAAGAUAAUGAUGCUGAACGGAAGUAUAACUUUCGGUUAACAGAAUCUCUGUCCAAAGCUCAUACUAAAGGUCUCUUGGAUGGUUACACCGUUUUAAUUACUCCAUCAGUAAAACCUAGGGACAUGAAAGUGAUUAUAACGUGCGCUGGCGGCACUCAUGUUUUAAAUUGGCCUAAAACCCAUCUUGAAAAGACACUGAUUGUGACAUGUGAACAUGAUCGUCAACAUUGGAAAGCUAUCUGGGACAUCAAAGGAGCCUCGAAAAUUGACAGCGAUAUACUUGUGACGUCCAUUAUCAGACAAAAGCUCCAUUUAUAACGAGUUAAAGAACAGAGUAUAAAACUAUACUCAGCUUAAUCAUUAAAACAAGUAGCUCAGUAUGUUUAGUAUAGCGUAUAUAUUUUUAAUGUAUGAAACGAGUUCAACAGUUACCUUUGAAAAAUGAAGAAGUACCUGAGCGUAAAUAUUUUACUUUCAAUAAAUUAAUUUUUCUUAUUUCUUAAAAAACACUUAUUAUUUUUGUUAUUGUUAAUACAUUUUUUACUGACUGCACCUCUAAAUUUUAUUAAUUAUAAAUUGUAUAUUUAAAAGUGUGUACAC